AUGGCUACACGCGAGGGCAAGAAGGUCGGCAUCUGCGGCGCGACGGGCGCGGUCGGGAUCGAGCUCAUCUCCGUGCUCGCUGCGCGCCAGUUUCCCGUCCAACAGCUCGUGCUGUUUGCCUCGUCGAGGUCCGCGGGCUCGAAAGUGUCGACGCCGUUUGGCGACGUGACGAUCACGCUCUUCUCGAUCGCCGCCGCAGCAAAGCUGGACUAUGUGUUCUUGGCCGUGUCGGGCGAGUUCUCGCUUCAGUACGCCAAGGAAUUGGCCGCAGUGAGCCACGGACCUGUGGUGAUUGACAACUCGUCGGCCUUUCGUCGCGACGCGGCGGUCCCGCUCGUGAUCCCUGAGAUCAACGGCCACGUGCUCCUUCCCCGACGUGGCCAACCGCCGCCGAAACUCGUGGCGAAUCCCAAUUGUACGACGGCAAUUGCUGCCAUGGCGCUCUGGCCGCUGCACUGCGAGUUCCACAUCAAGAAGCUGAUUGUGUCGACGUACCAAGCUGCGAGCGGUGCCGGUGCGGCCGGCAUGCAGGAGCUCCACGACGGUGCCAAAGCCUUUUUGGACGACGAAGCUGUGGCGUACAAGGUGUUUUCGUACCCACUGCCGUUCAACCUCAUUCCGCACAUUGACAAGUUCCAGGAGAAUGGCUACACAAAGGAGGAGAUGAAGGUGACGUGGGAGACGCGCAAGAUCUUUGACGAGCCGCAUCUGGCCGUGAGCUGCACUGCUGUUCGCGUCCCUGUCAUGCGUGCUCACUCGGAGGCGCUUACGAUCGAGACCGUCAAGCCUGUGGACAUGGCCCGGGCCCGUGAACUGCUGGCCAAGGCCGAUGGCGUGGAUCUCGUUGAUGUGCCAGAAGAGCUGCUGUACCCCAUGCCCAAGAAUGCCACCAAGAAGUUCAACAUUGAAGCGGGCCGCUUGCGCAAGAGCCUGGUCUUUGGCGACCGUGGCCUCGAGCUGUUUGUGUCGGGCGACCAGCUCUUGCGCGGUGCAGCUCUGAACGCUGUGCUGAUUGCUGAGUUCUUUGAGAACCCGCGCACGACGUUGCAGUUUACAAAGAAGCGGACGACGUGUACGAUCUCAAAGGAACACCGUCGGAAUAUACUGGGCGUCAUGGCUGGGGUUGCUGUAGGUGUGCUGGCGUUCAGCUUGUACAAGAAGAACUGA